AUGUCUACCCGUAAGAGAAAGCAAGAGGCCGAGGAAGAGGAAGAGCUUCAGGCACUUCCUAGCGACGAGAGUGAAGAAGAAGAGGAGUAUGAGGAAUCCGACCUCGGUAGCGAUGCGGGCGGCAGUGACGAGGAGAUAGAUGAGGAAGAAGAAGGCGAAGGAGAAGAAGGAGAAGAGGAGGCUCCUCAGGAGAAAGCUCCUGCUCCUAAGAAACGCAAGACCGCCCCUGCACCUGAAGAGGAAGAGGGCGCAGAAGAAAAGGCAGAACAAAACGGCAAAGAUGCCGACAAGAACGGCGCCGAAGAAGAGGAAGGAGAAGACGAUGGAGAUGAAGAGGAAGAGCCUGCUGAAGCUGAAGCUGAAGAAGAGGAAGCUCCUGCUGAUACGGCCAAGAAAAGCGGUCCUGCUGCCGCUGCCGCUGCCGCCAAGGGCGAUACCGUUCCCAAAGAACCCAAGGUUGAUAUUGGCGACGGUGACGAGGAAGAGUAA